AUGGACGUUGGACGGACUGCAUUGCAGGCUGCAGCAGAGUCCGGCAAUGAUGGAGUUGUGAAGAUGCUGCUUGAGGCCGGUGCAGAGGUAAAUGCACCGGCUUCUUGGUGCGGUGGACGGACUGCAUUGCAGGCUGCUGCAGAGUCGGGCAACGAUGAGGUUGUGAGGAUACUGCUUCAGGUUGGUGCAGAAGUAAAUGCACCAGCUUCUGAGGAGUAUGGACGAAGUGCUCUGCAGGCAGCAGCAGAGCGGGGACGUUGUGAGACCGUGGAGUUACUGAUUCGAGCGGGUGCCGAUGUGAAUCAGAAACCAGGAUAUAACGCAGGUGCCACUGCGCUACAGCUUGCUGCGAUGGGCGGAUACGUGGGCAUUGCGGCAUUGCUCAUCGAGGCCGGCGCUGAUGUCAACGCGGCUGCGCCGCCCGAGAACGGCAGAACUGCACUUGAAGCAGCGGCAGAACAUGGCCGGAUCAGCAUGGUUGAGAUGCUGCUUGCGGCGGGCGUGGAGACCACAGGAGCAGGCCGGGCACAAUAUCUCCGAGCGAUCGAGUUCGCAAACAAAGGCAGCCACCGAGUGGUGGCUAACCUUUUGCAGGCACACGGGAACACGGGUGGCGGUGGCAUGGACAGAUAG